ACUUGUUGGAGUAGACUCACGGGGGCUCGGACCAACUUUCACGAACCCAUCCCAAAGCCCGUUCUAAUCCAAAGUCGCAUUUUCUUCCGCACACACCAUCACUCUCUCUCUACAGUGAGCAGCAAUGGAGGUCGCCACCAUGGCCUCGCACUUCUUCCCCACCACCACCACCACCACCACCACCACCACCGUGACUCGCAUGCUAUCUUCAUCCACCAACCGAACCCUAAGUUGGUCCUCUCCCAGAGCUUCUCUCUCCUCCAAUUUCCUCUCUCCCUCCGUCGCCGGCAGUGUCUCCGGCAAUUUCUCCGGCCAGAAGCUCCGCCCCGCCUCUCUCAACCCUUACUCCUCCUCUCACUCCGGCUCUCGUCCCAAAAGAGGCGUCGUCACCAUGGUAAUUCCCUUUUCAAGGGGAAGUGCAUGGGAGCAGCCUCCUCCAGAUUUAGCAUCGUACUUGUAUAAGAAUCGGAUUGUUUACUUGGGCAUGUCUCUAGUUCCAUCUGUCACCGAGUUGAUAUUAGCAGAAUUUCUUUAUCUUCAGUAUGAGGAUGAAGAGAAGCCAAUUUACCUUUACAUAAAUUCCACUGGGACAACAAAGGAUGGCGAAAAGUUAGGUUAUGAGACAGAGGCAUUUGCAAUUUAUGAUGUCAUGAGGUAUGUUAAACCCCCUAUUUUUACACUCUGUGUGGGCAAUGCCUGGGGAGAAGCAGCCUUACUUUUGGCUGCUGGUGCAAAAGGAAAUCGUUCUGCAUUGCCCUCAUCAACUAUUAUGAUAAAGCAGCCAAUUGCAAGGUUUCAAGGCCAAGCUACAGAUGUGGACCUUGCAAGGAGGGAAGUAAAGAACGUGAAGGCAGAAUUGGUUAAACUCUAUUCAAAGCAUAUAGGAAAAUCACCUGAGGAGAUUGAAGCAGACAUUAUGCGUCCGAAGUACUUCAGUCCAAGUGAAGCUGUUGAAUAUGGUAUUAUCGAUAAGGUUCUUUACAAUGAGAGGGGCCAUGAAGAUAGAGGAGUUGUUGCUGACCUGAAAAAAGCACAACUUAUUUAAUUGUAUCUAAAUCUGGGACAUGAAUGUAUGGAAUACCCAGAUGGGCAUCCAAGAGGGUACAUUAGCAGCUCUCUGUGGCAAGGGGUUCUUUUGCAAGUGUUCUAGCAUUGUAGUUUCCUAAUUUCCUUGAUGUAUUUUAUGGGUAUUUUAUUUUUUAUUUAGUCGCAUGGGUUUCCUCAUUGUAGGUUAUGUCUUUCUUUUAUUUUCAUAUAUGAUGAAGAAGACAACAAUGUCAAAAAACCAAAUACAAGAAGAGCUCAAGCCCUCUUCAACAUGAGCUUGCCAUUUCCAAAGCUAUAUAUAUAUUUUUUAAUUUA